AUUUCUGACCUAGUUUUGAUUAUCGAUUCCAAUUCUAUUAGUAUUGAAUUGAAAUUAUUAAUUGUUGAUUAUCGAAUUGUUUAUUUGCUGAAUUUCGUGAGCUUCUUUUAUAAUUUGAAUUGCCGAAUUGCACUCAUAUUUGGUGAGUUGUUUUUGUUUUGUUUUUUAUUUUCUGAUUUGUUUUUUAUUUUGAUUUUUGAUUUGUAUUUGUUAUAUAUUUUAGAUUUUUGAUUAUCUAUUUGUUCCUUUGAAUUUUGUUUUUAAUUUAUGUGUUCAAAUUUGUAUUCAAUCAUGUAUGUGUUUCAUGUUUUUGAUUUACAGAUCAGUAUUCUUUCGAGCAAUGGCAUCAGAAUUUCAUCAUAGUUCGUCCUCAUCAUUGACGGAAUCAAAUUCUGUUGUGGAUAAUGAACAAUAUGCAAGUUGUUCUAAUUCAAAUGUGGCUGUUACUCCUGAAGUAAUUCCUAUAUUAAGUCCAGGGGGAACGAGAGAAUGGAUUCCAUGUUGUUCUGAUGAGUUAAAACCUGUUGUAGGGAUGAAAUUUAUGAGUGUCGAAGAGGGUAUUUCAUUUUAUAAAGCAUAUUCAAAAGCUGCUGGUUUUGUGAUGAGGAAAUCUACUGCUACAAAAAGGAAGGCACUAGACGUUAUUGCUUUUCAGUAUUGUUUAUGCAACAAGGCUGGUUUCAAAGAAAAAGCAAUAGUUAAGGUUGGAGGCAUGCCAAAUGUUAAAAAAGGGGAAGGUAAUGAAGAUAAAGUACCUAUACCUCGAAGAAGGCUAGUUACUCGUGUUGGUUGCAAGGCUCGGAUGGUUAUGAAGUAUAAAAAUGAAGGUUUUUAUGUGGUGACUGAAUUCCGAGAGCCACAUGUUCAUGCUCUUUACACCCCGGGUUGUCUAAAAUUUCAGAAAGCGGGUAGGAAAAUGAAUAUUCUUCAUAAGAAGAUGAUUAUUGAUAAUUCGAAGGUGAACAUUGGUCCGGUUAAGACUUUUAGAUUGAUGAAGGAGUUAGUUGGAUCGUAUGAUAACGUUGGUGCAUCCAAGCAAGAUUUCAAAAAUUUUCAUAGAGAUUUGAAGGCUUACAUUGAAGGAUCGGAUGCCCAAAUGUUUGUGAAUAACUUUCAGAACAAGAAGUUGUUAUGGAGUGCAUUUUUCUUUGACUAUGAGGUGGAUGAAGACGAGCAACUUUGUAAAGCUUUUUGGGCAGAUCCAAUAUGUAGAAAGAAUUAUGCACUCUUUGGUGAUAUGGUUUCUUUUGACACCACAUUUCAAACAAAUAGGUAUAAUAUGAUAUUUGGCCCAUUUACUGGAGUUGAUCACCACAAGAAGUGUGUUACUUUUGGUGCUGCUUUAAUAGCCCAUGAGGACAUCGUGUCUUUUGAGUGGGUUUUUAGAACUUUCCUCAAGGCAAUGGGAGGUAAUGAGCCAGCUUGUUUGAUUACGGAUGAAGAUCCGGCAAUGAAAAUAGCUAUUCCUAAAGUGUUUCAGACCGCUGAGCAUAGGUUUUGUAUGUGGCAUAUAAUGAAAAAAAUGCCUGAGAAAGUCGGCCGUCAGAUUACGCAAGAUACCCUGUUUCUUAAUAAAAUUUGCAAAUGUGUUUGGAGUGAAGAGAUUGAGCCAACAGAAUUUGAAGAGAAAUGGGGAAAGGUUCUUGCUGAGUUCAAGCUUCAAGACCAUGAGUGGUUGAAGCAGUUGUAUGAGAAGCGUCAAAUGUGGAUCCCAGCAUACUUUAGAGAUUCGUUUCUAUGUGGUAUCAUGAGGACUACAUCAAGGUCAGAGAGUGAGAACAAUUUUUAUACAAAGUUUACCAAUCCCCAUCUCACUCUAGUAGAGUUUUACAUGAGAUUUGAGAGUGCAUUGGAUGCUCAAAGACAUACUCAAGGUCAAUUUGACAAUGAUUCUAAACACAAGCAUCCAGAAUGUAAGACUUCCUUUGCAUUAGAGAAACAUGCUUCUAAAAUCUACACUGUUUCAGUCUUUUAUGAUUUUCAAGAGGAGCUCGAGAUUGGUUGCUUUCACUGUGGACUUGAGGAGUACAAGAAAGAAAAUGGGUUUGAAAUCUUUACCAUUAGAGAAGGAUGUAGAAUAAGAAAGUUUGAUGUUAGUUUUAACCCGGCUAACCUAGAUAGUAAGUGUAUGUGCAAGAUGUUUGAGAGGUUAGGGAUUCCUUGUAGGCACAUGAUUUGGGUGUGGAAGGCAAAGAUGAUUGAGUAUAUUCCUGAUGCUUAUGUGCUAAAUAGGUGGACUAGUUUGGCAACUAAAACGCCAAUUUUUGAUUUAGAAGGAAAUAUCUUGGAGGCAUGUGUUAACUUUGUUGAUUGUAAAAGAAUGUUAAAUGAGUUAUGGUCAGAAAUUCACACAUGUGUGAGUUUGGCUCAGGGUAAUGAAGAAGAUCUUACUGAUCUUGUGAAGAAUUUAAAAGGUUUAAGGUUAAACUUGGAAGCUAAGAAGAGUUCUAACAAUCAUGAAAACAAUGGUUCUCCUAGCAAAGCAACAGACAUCGAGCUACUGAUUGGAGCUACCCUUCCUACUGAAAUUGUGGUUAAGCCGCCUAAAAUUUCAAAGAACAAAGGCACGGGGGUUCAUGUUCCAGGUACAGGUAGUGACAAACGAUUGAAAGGUGACAAGGAAAAGGCAAUUGAGCAAAGCCAAAAGAAGAAAAGGUUAUGUAGAGGUUGUGGAGAGCUUGGUUACCAUGAUAUCCGGAAUUGCCCACAUAAAGUGAAAGAAAAUUAAUUGUCAUUAAAAGCUUCUCGCCAAAGAAUACACAAUUUCAUCAUUCACCAUCGCCACAUAGAUCCUCUCACUUUUUGAAGUGUUAUUUUUUUAUAGUUUUUUUUUUUGUGUUACGUUUUUGGACAUUGUCAUAUUUUCCAUGAACAAUGUAUAUCUAUAUAGUUUUUUCAUGGCUCUGAAAAAUAUACUUUAUGUUCCUUUUGCUUAACUAUUAUUUUCAACAAUUAAAAGGUAUCCCCAUGCAUAUUGUUGAUAUUAUUAUUUUCGCCCGCAUGACUUCUCAUUUUAGCUUAUCGUUGUACAAAAGUUCACUUCAUUCAUCUACAAUACAAACACUAAACCAAAUUUUAAGAAAUAAAGUUAAAAGUUCGAUGUUAUGAGUAAGUAAAGUAAUUGUUCUAAUUCAACUAAGUAAAUGUUCUGAAUUCAAAGAGACAAAGUUCUUAAUUUAAAAAGUUCUUAGUUCUUAAAAAAGUUAAAAGUUAGUGCACAAAAUGUAAAUGCUCUAAGUCAACUUACCAUACGUUUUGAAAUAACAUAGUAUUUGUUCCGAAUCACGUUCAAC